AUGGACUUCACCCUCGCGCUCACCCAUUUCUGCGAGGCGCAUGGCCCCAAGUCUGUUCUCUGCACACAAGUCCUGCCGUUGGAAUGUGCAUUAUGCCUCCCACCAUCCCCUCCUCUGAGGCCUUCGUCGUCCACCGAAUCGCUUGCCACCCAAGUCCACAAUUCUUCACCUGAAUCCUCACAGAGCCUCCAGACACCGCCGACCCUGAGAAAAACCGAAACGAAUUCCACCUGGCCGACCGAAUUAUCCGGUGCAUCUACCGUGAUCGACUCGGAAACAGAACUUGAAAGCCCGACCAUUGAGAAGCACCCUCUCUUUCAGACGGUUGACCAGGCACGGACGCUCUCCUCCCAGUGGCGAUAUGGUCGGAACCAGGACGAAACCUGUGCCAGCUGCAGUUUCUCUGUCCCCAAUGCUGUCGCAGAAAAGCUCCCUGUCGGCGCACCCGGAAGCAAGAGGGAGAGCAACCAAAAUAACGUCAAUACAGGGGCGCCCGUGCUGAGAUCAAGAGAAUUUGUCUGUCUCCGAGAGAAGAGGAGAAGGAAUAGCAGUCUGAUCGUCUCGGACGAGUCCAAACCGUCCUCCUACAGCUCAUCGGUCAUGUCAUCUGAAUCCUCCCACACGACAUCGCAUCCACAGUUUCAUCGGUCCGACGACUGUCAUGACCACACCCUGACAUACCUGACCGCCAAAUCUCCCGCCGACCGGGAGAGCUAUGCGCAACUGCGUGCCUCGGUGAUUCGGACUCUAUCCUGUGAACUCCUUCCCCGAGGCAUGUCGGACGGCCCUCUCUGCUUUGGGGAUUCGAACACAGGCUAUACCAUUGCGUACGUCUUCCGGCUCACCGACCCAAAGGCCCGAGGCCGACGGCGCGCCUACGCCUUCCUCGCUUUAGCUGGCAAGGAUGCUGCUCGCGCGUUUGAAGCAUGUCCCAUGCUUUGGGAAUCGUUCGCGCGGAUGGCCAAGGGGAUUGAGGCAGCCGCCCAGAAGCAGCGGUGCAAAGAAGAAAAAGAAGCCGAGUCGCUGGACGCGAGCGGUAAAUCGACCGCAAGGAACUACACUCCGGUGUCUUCCUUCUUGACUGCCCGCUCGGUCGACCCGGAUGGCCACCCCCGGCGUGUUGGACAAGCUACGCCGCGUAGCUUGGCCGAGAUCGUAGGUGAUGAGAACAUCUUCACAUUCCUCCACCAGUAUUUUGUCGCCAUCCUGCGCUGCCUAGGCGAGCGCUUUGGGGGACCGCCAUUGGCGGAAAAUCCGCUGGUGUAUCACUCUACGAGUGAAGAGUCGCCGUAUUUUAGCCAAGCAGACGUUGUCCGAACCCGAGAGCAUGGCCACGAUGACAACCUAGAAUUCGGAGAUUCGAACAAGGCUGACAAGACCCAUCUCGAGAGCUUAAGAGACCAAGAUACGACACCGACGCCGCAGUUGUAUCAGAUGAGUUCCAGCAAGACUUGGCCAUUGCAACAAUCAAAACAGCGGGAGGCCGCAGAGGAAGUUUCUCCCGAGAGCAAAGGCAAGCUCGGUGGGGACUGCGUGCCUGACGUUGAUCUUGCAAAGUCGAAGCCGAGAAAGACCAUCAGAGAGAAGGACAAGAACAAGCUGUUCACCAAUACUAAUAUGAGCCUGAAAAAGCUGAAUCCGCAAUGUGCCAUGCCUAUGGCCGUCACCGAGACGGCACAGAGGCAGGUUGUCGUAUGA